UACUUCUAAGGCCUCAGGAUAGGGGAUUGGUGGACUUCUAUAUUUUUGUUAUAGCUAUGGAAGUUUGUUUCCUUGUGAUCCAUCAGUCCAUCACAGAAUUUACUCCUCUCCUUUUUCUGUGGCAAUGUGAGAGUAUCUGCUCAAGUUGUUUCUGCUUCCAGUGACUUGCUUAUGGUUUGUUGUGUUGAUUUGAAUUCUGAAAGUGCACAACAUUUGGAGUCUGGGAUUUCUGUGGACUAAGGGGCUAGUUGUGUGCAUCUGAGAAACUUCAUAUCUGGUGUUGAUGAGCUUUCAGUAGUUAGAAAUUUUGAAUCCUUUGGGCAUACUCUGUCCUUUACUCCGCUUUGUAGAUUCCCUUAAUAGUUCAAGAAAUGGGCUAGAUUAGUAGUUGGGAAAGCAGUCAUUAUUUUUUGCUGGCAGACUUAACUAUACCAAUCGAUCCUUAGUUCAGGUGCUCUGGUCAUCCUAUUUGAUGCUUCUCAAUAAAAAAAAUUUAUAUUUUAUUUUCUAAAUGGAGCAAGACUAAGAUCUUUUCUGUUGACUGUUGCCAAAGUGGUGUGGCAGACUUGUGUCCCUAAAACUCAAAGUUGUCUUGGAUUGAAUAGGUUAAAUAAAACCUUAAUGCUUCAUCACAUAUGGAACUUAAUCCAAACCUAACGUUUGGUCCAAUUGGUAAAGACUUUCUUGUGGAUUCAUUGGGAGUGUUGCUGCCUAGUUUUUAGUUGGCUGACAUUACUAAGGGUCCUUGACUCCCUUUUCCUGUCAUGUUAUUGCCUAUGGGUGAUCGUGUCUCUUUUGUUUGAUGCCGCCUUCUAGUUCCUCUCCUUCUUAGGUGGCUGGCUUCUACCAUAUUUGAUUAUUUGCUUCCAGACUUCUUAGGUUAGUGAUACUAAGGGUGAGAAUCAAUGGCAUUGGUCUUGCUCCUCCCUCUGAAGAUCUUCUGGAAAUUUGAGCGACCACUGCUCUUCUUUUCCUGUAUGGUGCUGUCCUUGACUUGGUUAAGUGGGUUGACUUCUAAAUGAAUAUAUUCUGCCUCUUCUGGGUGGAAGGCUGUUAGCUCUCUCAUCUUAAAGUCUGUCAGAUGAAUUUGAUUUGGUUGGGAGUGUUCCUAGGUUGAGCUUUAUUUUGUGGCUUUCUGUUCAUUGUAAGCUACCAACUUAGCCUCCAGUGAUUUUUCUUGGCUCAGGCCUCGUCUUCGUGUUGUCUUUAAUUAAUUGAUAAAUUGAUAACGAAUGCCAUGAUCACCUAUUUUGGACUGUCCAUAGUUGUGGUGUUCUCAUUUUCUCACCUGACCUCAUUUCAGCUCUUGGUUGCUUCUUCUUGGAAGGGUAAGUCUUAGGCUGUUGUCAUCAGGAAAUCAGCCCUCAAUCUACUAUUGAGAUUCGGUAGGGGCAAACUAACUGAAAAUUCAGGACUGCAAGGCUUAAUCGUAUUGCUGUUUUCAAGCUUUGAAAUGCUUAUAUUAGACCUUUGUAUGAUCUCCUUGGAAAUUCCCCACUCUUAAGCAAACCUACCUAUAUUUCUGGAACAGUGUCUCUGAGACUCUGGUUACUUGUAGUUACCUUUUUUUCCUUGGUUCAACUAUUUAAGAGAUCAAGAACUCUAGAAGGAGUUGAUUAACUGGUAAGUCAGGAGUGGAGAACUCAGUCCUAUUGCUGUUUUCAAGCUUUUUAACACUCAUACUAGACCUUGCUUCUUAGAAAUUCUCUAUUCUUCAGCAAACUUGCCUAUUUUUUUGAGAUAGUCUUUGACUAUUAUUAAUUACCUGGUUUUGUUUUGUUGACCUCUUCAUGGUUGCUACUCUCCCCUUGUUUUUGCUUGCUUUUUGUUGCAUUCUGGGGCUUAUGGUGUUGUACACUGGAUGUAAUAUAAAUUGAUCCCAAUUUCCCUCCCAAUAUGAAAUUCAAUGAAGUAAAAAUAAGUUUGUGGUUGGAGGAAAGUUACACGUUUUCUCUACUUUGCAUAUAAUCCAUUAUGUCAUGUCUUUGUACAGCUAAUAUGUUUUCUGUUUUUAAAUUGUUAUUUUACCCCUCCCAUGUCAAUAACUAGAUGAAAAAAAACAGAAGGGAAUUUCAAUGCAUCCAGAAAAGAAAAAGGAAAUAAAAUUGAUCUCUAUCAAUAAUCUUGCUAAAGUGAACUGUUUGGUAACUUGUUUUCUAUCUUGCUUUGUGCACAUUUUCAGAUUACAACCGGUAAGGGAUACGCGUGAGAAGCAGAUACAACUCUGGAAGGACCUUAUACUUGAUUACUGUAGAACACAAAAGAUUUUUGUGAUUGCACUGGAAGAGGACUUUCCUCUGUUCUCAAAUCCUGCUAUUGAAAGAUCGCUCAGUCAUGAAGCCAGGGAAGCAUUCCUCUCAAUUUUGGUUUCAGAUGGUCGUGCAGAAUGGUUAGAUAAAAGACAUAGGAAAUGUCUAAUCCUCUGGCACAGAAUUCAAGAGUGGGCCAACAUUAUUCUGAACUUCGUAAAAGAAUAUGGAUUGGAGGACAGCGUUAUGACUGUUGAGGAAAUACGUUCUGGGAUUGAAUCAAGAGGAACAGAGCUUCACGGUAUUGACCGCACAAUUCUGAUGCGAGCUCUGAAACUUCUAGAACAAAAGGGUAAGCUUGCAAUCUUCAAGGGGACAACAGCUGAUGACGAGGGUGUGAAAUUCUCUAUUUGACAUUUGAUUCAAAGUCCAGGUGAAGAGGAGUGGUCUGUCCUUUCGGCUUUUCCUUUCUCUCUUGAAUGUUUGUGUUUGUUUCGAAUGGAGGUGCUUAUGAAAUAAUAACAAUUCUAAUGAAAAUAUGGUGUCAGUACUCUUUCUCUGCCACUUUUUUCAGCAGAUAUUUGUUCAUUUGUGCUUGCUGCUUUAUAAGUCCACUACCUUUUUGUACACUUGAACCUUAAUGUAGUUUUAGCCUUCUAUGACCAAGAAUGAUAAUUUGUUAGGCUGCGAUUGUUUAGUGAGGAAUGAUGCUUGCAUCCCAAGAAGCGAGUACCAUAAUAUAGAAAACCUGUUUGUAUGUGGCAUUUUCUAAAUACUGGUCAUAAGGUUUUUGAGUAUGGUCAAGAUGAACAAUAAAGAAUU